GGGGCUCCGGGGCUCCAGCGGCCGCUGAUGGGAAGACGGCGCCCGGGCCGGUGAGCGACGACGCCGCGGCCACCAUGGGCAACAAGCAGACCAUCUUCACCGAAGAGCAGCUGGACAACUACCAGGACUGCACCUUUUUCAACAAGAAGGACAUUCUCAAGCUGCAUGCGCGGUUCUACGAGCUGGCCCCCAACCUCGUCCCGAUGGACUACAGGAAGAGCCCCAUCGUCCACGUGCCCAUGAGCCUCAUCAUCCAGAUGCCGGAGCUCCGGGAGAAUCCCUUCAAGGAACGCAUUGUGGAGGCUUUCUCGGAGGAAGGCGACGGGAACCUCACCUUCAACGACUUUGUGGACAUGUUCUCUGUGCUCUGUGAGUCAGCUCCCCGAGAGCUCAAGGCCAAUUACGCCUUCAAGAUCUAUGACUUCAAUACUGACAACUUCAUCUGCAAGGAGGACCUAGAGCGGACGCUGGCCCGGCUCACCAAGUCAGAGCUGGACGAGGAUGAAGUGGUGCUCGUGUGUGACAAAGUCAUCGAGGAAGCUGACCUCGAUGGGGACGGCAAGCUGGGCUUCGCUGACUUUGAGGACAUGAUCGCCAAGGCCCCCGACUUCCUCAGCACUUUCCACAUCCGGAUCUGAGGACACUGCCUAGGAUGCAGGGGCCGGGAAGCCUGCCCUUAGCCUGAUGUCUGCACAGGUGGCUCUAAGCACCCCAGGAAAGGAACUGUGGCUUCUGGGGUUCACAUGCACAGACAUUUCCUGUUGCCCUUCCAGCAAAAAAAUAAAUAAAUAAAAAUGCCCCCCAAAU